AUUGUGAUUUGUAAAAACUGCAAGGUAACUGUUAGCGCGAAUUACUAAUUACAAAAUUUGCAAUAGUGUUAUUCAUUUCAAAUCUCGUAGUUUUAUCUAAUUUAUUUCAACGCACUACGACUCGAAUAAACAUCUGAAAAUGGUUUUCGCAGACGAUACUUUGGGAGGAAACUACGCUAUCCUCGGUGCUAGCCACGUAAAACCGAAAGAUUACCAAGAAGUGUAUCACCCGGUCCAACAAAAUUUAAAGAAUUAUAAAGCAAAAGAAAACAGAACUUUGAUGAUGGGAUUAAUGCGUACCCAAGGAAUGCACAUGCCUCUGCGAUUGGCCAUGGAACAAAAAGUGUUUGAAAGCGUUGGCCGGCUCCCUAUUCUCAAAUCGUCUCGUUUACAUACUGAAGUCUUAAACGAUACACUGGAUUCGGUCACUGAAAGUGAUUACUUAAACCCUUCAGAUUACAACGAAUCACUAGUCCCGUCAUUUGUUGUCAUGGACAAAGAUUUAAAAUUUUAAUUAUUGUACUGAAAAUUUAAGGUAUAAUUAUGGCCUAAAAAAUAAUUAUCAAUAAUGUGUUAUUUUUCUAUUAUAAUAAGAAAUUUUGUAUACAAAAUAUUUACCUAUAAUAUAGUUAAAAAUUUUAUAGGUAUUAUAAACAGUUUUUGGUCUACCGGCUAAUGGAAAAAUAUUAUACAAAAAUAUAUUAUUAAACACAUA